AUGGCAUCGCAAGCUACCGCUCCCGCCAUCAUCGCCAGCUGCAAACAGACACGCUUCCAUGUGCGAGGAGAUGCGGAUUCAACAGAGAUUGACAUCCAAGGCCUCAAUAUCACCAUCAUCCCUUCUGGCCCUGACCCCGCCAUCUCCGAACCGGCCGACAGCACAAAGAGCAAACCAGCCAAACACCGCGGGAAGUCGAAGGCUAAAAGUGACGGAGUUGAGAUUCUGUCAAAUGCUGAUUUACAUCUGAAGGCGGGCGUCCAUUAUGGUCUAGUGGGGAGGAAUGGGACCGGGAAAUCGACUAUUCUUCGUGCACUGGCUGAAAAGCUCAUUCCCAGUAUUCCAGACUCCAUCCGGGUGUCUAUUCUUCAACAAACAGAUGGUAAUCAGGAUGCGCUCACUGAAUAUGCCUUAUUCGCAACUGAUGAUUACGGUGAAACUGGGACAAAUGGCAGAAGGACUGUUUUACAAGAAGUCAUGCGAGGUGAUGUGUUGAGAAAUGAUGUCGAGAGGAAGAUCAGGGAAUCUGCAGAUUUGGUGGAGAAGAAUCGGGAUGCAGGUGAGCCUUCAGAGAUUAAGGAGGAGACGCAGGCAGCUCUAGAUCUCUUGAAUGAAUUGCAAUGCCAAUAUGAAGCAAUAAAAAUCACAAACAUCGAGGCCGAGGCACGACGAGUGCUUCUAGGCCUAGGGUUUAAAGAAUCGUCCUUAGAGCAACCAUUCGAAUCGCUCUCGGGUGGUUGGCGCAUGCGUUGCAUGCUUGCUGGAAGCCUGGUGCAGAAAGCAGAUAUUAUGAUUCUCGAUGAACCGACCAAUUUCCUCGACCUUCUGGGGAUAGUCUGGUUGGAGAAUUAUUUUUCUCAUUUGCGUGCGGUGGAUGACGAUAGAACCGUCAUACUUGUGUCCCAUGAUAGAGACUUCCUCAACAACGUGUGCGAGGAAACUAUUAUCCUGAAGGACCAGACACUUGCAUACUUCAAGGGCAAUAUUUCAGCGUACGAGGAGGAUUUAGGAGCGCAGAAGCUUUACUGGGGGCGUAUGAAAGCAGCUCAGGAUCGCCAGGUCGCGCACAUGGAGGCGACCAUUCGAGACAAUAUCAAGCUGGGCAAGAAGACUGGCGAUGACAACAAGCUUCGCAUGGCGAAAUCUCGCCAGAAGAAAGUGAAUGAGAGGAUGGGCGUGCAGGUUAGCGCCAAGGGUACAAGAUUUAAACUGAACCGUGAUCGCGUGGGGUAUCACGACUCCAUGAGAGACGAGAUAGAGGUCCCGCAGGAUGAAAAGGGGGUGUCGAUUAGUAUUCCCGAUCCACAGGAACUGAGAUUCCCGGGACCGCUGGUCUCUUUGGAAUCCGUCCACUUCUGGUAUAAGCCCAAAAGCGAUCCGAUUCUCAACGACAUCGACCUGGUAAUCCACGUGGGGGACCGAGUUGGAAUCAUGGGCCUCAAUGGGAGUGGGAAAACGACUUUGCUAAAGGUCCUAAUGGGGUCCAUGCAACCGACACUGGGAACCGUGUCCCGCCAUCCUAGAGUAGCUAUUGGCUACUAUUCUCAGCAGUCUGUGGAUGAGCUCAAAGCACUGGGGCGGUCCGAGCCGGUUCGACUAGCAAUGGCUAGGAUAAUAUGGAAUCUGCCACACCUAUUAGUCCUGGACGAGAUCACGACGCAUCUUGAUUUCCACACUGUAAUAGCGCUGAUUGAAGACCUCUCAUCUUUCAGCGGCGCUAUCCUGCUCGUUUCUCAUGACCGGUAUUUGGUACGGGGCGUUGUUGAAGACAAGCGAGCCGUAGCGGGCCAAGAUGGAAGUGUAGAAAUGACUAGGGAGCCAGGUGACGACGACGAGUCGAGACGGCGCAGUGUAUAUAUAUUGAGGCGAGGGAAGCUGCGUAUCCAGGAGAAUGGCGUGGAACAGUUUGAGGAGAGCCUGCAGAAGCGGGUACAGACGCUGAUGCGGGGACACUGA